AGAACCAAAAUGAAGUUAUUAGAGAUUUUAGUGGGUAUAUUAUGUGUAGGAUAUGUUUCUAGUUUGGAUAAUGGACUAGGUUUGACACCACCUAUGGGCUGGUUAUCAUGGGAACGUUUUCGUUGUAAUAUUGAUUGUACAAAUGAUCCUGACAAUUGUAUAAGUGAGAAAUUGUACAUGUCAAUGGCCGACAGAUUAGCAGAAGAUGGUUAUAGAGAUGUAGGAUAUGAAUAUGUUAAUAUUGAUGAUUGUUGGUCAUCAAAACAAAGAGAUUCUAAAGGACGUCUUGUAGCUGAUCCUGAUAGAUUCCCAAGUGGUAUCAAGGCUUUAGCUGAUUAUGUUCACAAUAAAGGUUUAAAAUUGGGUAUUUAUGGUGAUUUUGGAACCUUUACUUGUGGUGGCUAUCCUGGUAGUGAAUUUUAUAUGGAAUUAGAUGCUCAGACAUUUGCUGAUUGGGGAAUAGAUUCCUUAAAAUUAGAUGGAUGUUAUGCCAGAAUUUCUGAUAUGCCUUUUGGCUACCCUGUGAUGGAGUUAUAUUUAAAUCAGACUGGUAGACCAAUAUUAUAUUCCUGUAGUUGGCCAGCCUAUACAGCUCAUCCUAAUUAUCCAGCUAUUGCUAAAAGUUGUAAUAUUUGGAGAAAUUAUGGUGAUAUUCAGGACUCCUACUCAAGUUUAGCAUCAAUUAUAGAAUUCUAUGGUAAAAAUGAAGGUAAUUUUAGUGAAGUUGCUGGACCUGGUAGAUUUAAUGAUCCUGAUAUGUUAAUAAUUGGUGAUUUUUCAUUAAGUUAUUAUCAACAAAGAUUACAGAUGGUAAUGUGGGCUAUCAUGGCCUCACCAUUAUAUAUGUCUAAUGAUUUAAGACAAGUACCUGAACAAUCUAAAGAAAUUUUACAAAAUAAAAAUGUAAUAGCUAUAAAUCAAGAUCCACUUGGUAUUCAGGGAAAAAGAGUGGAUAAGGUGAAUGAUUAUGAAAUUUGGGUCAGGCCCUUAGCAAAAUCAAAUUAUGCCUUUGCAGCAAUUAAUCUAAGUGGGUCAUCACCUUCAAAUGUGAGCCUUCCCUUAGCUAAGUAUGGCUUAACUAGCACUGGAGGUUAUUUAAUCACUGAAGGUUUUACUGGUGAUAAGGUAGUGGUAUAUAAGCCUCAUCAGAUGUUUACAACCAAAGUUAAUCCAGAUGAUGUAUCGUUUUAUAAAGCUACAAAGUUGUAAUUUAACCUUCUAGCAAAACUAACCAAUAAAAUGCUCAAUGAUUAUUUUCUAUUCCAAUUCUAAACCCUUUUGUUUAUCUCUGUAUCUUGAAUAAUGCAAAUGAAAAAGAUUUUUAAGUAUUUGAAUGAAUGUCAUAAACUUUGUUUGGAGGUAUAUGUUUAACCAAAAUAUAAGUAUCAAGUUUCACCAACUACAUAUACAGGUGGACACAUAUACAUACAUGCUUCUUUAGCAUAGGGCAUAUUUGAACAUGAUCGAUUAUCUUUGAUGUUUUUUCAUUUUAGCUAGGAUAGUCAUGCAAUCUUAAUAAAAAACAUUCCAUAGUGUGUUUUUGGAAUUUGUAGUAUUGUUUAAAUUGUUUGUUAUAUUUAGUUUGUUAUCUUAUCACAGUAACAUUUUGUUUGAAAAUAAUAUUUGUACAAUAAUAUUGAUAAACUUAAAUGAUAAACAGAAUUAUCUAUCAAAAUUAUAUGUAGAUCAAUAUAUGAUUAUAUAUAUUUUUAGUUUUACUAAAUUAUCAAAUGGUUUUAUCAAUUUAGUUCAAAAAUUUCAUCUCAGCAAUUGAAGUUAAAAAUGACUUCUAUUUUAUUGAUGCAAACCUAUGUUUGUGAUUUAAUAAAUAAAAGCUUAGAUUAAGAUUUUUCAUGUCUUGAAAGGGUUAAAUACAAAUAGUUCAAAACUCCAAAA